AUGAGUCAGAAAGUGGUUAAGGAGGGCCCCAGACUCUCCAAGAACCAGAAGUUCUCGGAGCACUUCAGCAUACAUUGCUGCCCGCCGUUCACCUUCCUCAACUCCAAACGUGAGAUUGUGGACCGCAAGUAUAGCAUCUGUAAAAGUGGCUGCUUCUACCAGAAGAAAGAGGAGGACUGGAUCUGCUGUGCCUGCCAGAAGACCAGCACCAGCCGCCGCGCAACGUCCCCUCAGAGGCCCAAGCGCCAGCCAGCUGCACCCCCCGCGGUGGUCAGAGCACCAGCCAAGCCACGGUCCCCUCCGAGGUCCGAACGUCAGCCACGCCCCCGCCCAGAAGUCCGACCUCCACCAGCCAAGCAGCGCCCCCCUCAGAAGGCCAAGCAGCAGCCGCGCAGCAGCCCCCAGAGAGGGCCAGGCACCAGCCGUGGGGGGUCCCCCAAGAAAGCCUCUAGGUUCUGGUAA